AUGGCGUUGGCGGCGAGGAUCGCGGCCAUGCGGAGCAAGCUCCGAGACGGACCUGCUGCUACAGAGUCCUGGAAUGAAGACAGCCCUGUUGCUGGCGGCCUCUCACUUUUCCUCAGCGGAGCUUCCUCCGAGGGGCUGACAACAAGGCUGGGAUGCCUGCGCCCAGUCCCGGAAGGCUCGGAGUCCGAGAACAAGUCGCCGCCUUUGGUGCCCAGGGAAGGCCCAGAAGUGUGGCCGUCGCCACGCGAGGCAGCCCCCAAAGCGGCACAACCGCCAGAAAAGGGCGCUGGCCCGGACCAAUCCGACGCAAGAGGCGUUGUGAUCGCGAAUGAGGCAGAGAUGCUGUCUGCUGACUACACCCAAAAGAUCUGCAACAAGGUUGCGGCCGCUGCUGCAGCCGCACGCAGGGUCGCCGAAACGGCCAAGGAGGUAGCCGACCAGGUUGAGUGCACGGAAGAGACGUUCAAGCCUCGGAAGAAAAACAAGGGGAAGAAGCAUCGUGAUCGUGGAGAGGAAUUCUUCGGCGAGGUAGCCUACCCCUAUCAAAGGCCCAGAGGCAAGGGGUUGUCAGCAUGGAAAGCUCUCCGAGAUUUCGUCCCGCAAGUGGGGCAGCAGUUGCAUUUGAAGGGGACGUACAGGGGUGUUCCGGCAGAGUGCGUGGGAGAAGUAGAAGGUCUCCUGGACGAUCGGGAGGGCCAGUGGAUGAAACUGAACCUGACAGGAACCCUCAAUGCGGAGCUGCAGGAGUGGAAGAGGUCCCAUUCAGAAGGGUUUUAUGCCAACAGAAAGCCCUUGGCCCAAGAUCUGGAUCCCCAACUAGACGGGUUGUUCUGCGUGCGGGAGUUGCGCGAGGUAGACCCUCUAUUGGAAUGGAAAUCCAACCUCCUCAACUUGGUGGGGAGUCCAGGCGAACUGGGUGGGCUGGCAGCCGUGGCUCAGGAUUUGGGUUACGGAGUGAAUCCGGGAGGGUUGGGGACCUCACCUCCCCCUCCUGCCAGCAGGAACGAAGGAGGCGUCCCCGAACGCCAGAAAAGGUUGAAAGGGAAGGAUACCCUGAAAGGCGAUUCAGAUCAGGAGGAUCUUUUCCCGGAAGAGGUACGCUAUCAAGGAGGCUCGGAAGAGGCUCAUGACAGCAAUCGGGGAGUUUGGAGGGGAUCACCAGCCAGGCGGGAGUACUUGACCCUGGCUUGUUGUCUGGGGGUGUCCCCAGCCAUAGCAAACCGGCUAGAGAUCAUCCCUCCCGAGAAUUUCUCCCUGGCAUCCAUGGAGGAGAACAGGUGCGCGGCACAGGGAUGCGAGAGAGAGGCAUUGCCGUUUGACUUGUCUGGGAAGCUUUCUCAACUGGGUCCUUUGCUGUGCAAGUGGUUUCGGUUACAUUAUGGGCACAUGUUGCAUGCCGAGUUGCCAAUUCCAUGCAAGCGUCACUCCACGGCAGAGGUUUUUCCCCUGCCCAUGCUUCUGGGAGGGCUGCCUCCCGAGGAGCAGUGUUGGUUGGAAGCAGCCGUUAGAGCUGUAAACUGGUUGGCUGUAGGAGAUUUGCGCUUGUCUGAGAAGCCUGCCACUCCAACCCAGAAAUCACUCCUGCAGGAAUUGCAGUGUUCAUUUGGUGCCUUGGGCCAGCUGGGAUCUCGGCUCUUCGAUGAAGCAUCAAUUGAGUCCUAUUGGAAAUCCAAGAGCAUCAACGGUUAUGGUGAGGAAGUUCACUGCGCGUUGCAUUUCAACUGGGCUAAUGUACAACAUAGCUUGCCCACACGAGAGCUUGCAGGAGCUCUUGAUGGGGUUGAGGUAGCUUCCGGAGGGAUCAAAGAUUUUUUGGAGCGACCCAUGGCAUAUUUGAAGCCUGAAGGAUCCCGGAGCUGGAUGAAACCACCCAGGGUUAUGGUCCGCGCAGAGGAUUGGGAGGUUGUUGCUAAGGGUCUCAUUGAGCGUAAGAUAUGCGACAUCAUUCCGCUCAGCCAAGUGAUCCAUGUUGAUGGCAAACCCGUUCUCGGUGGACUAUUCGGAGUGCCAAAAAACGAAGAAGUAGAUGGGGUUCCUGUCUUGAGGUUGAUCAUGGACUUGCGUCCCAUCAACAAACUGUUCGAGUCCAUCGUAGGCGAUUUGAACACGUUGCCAAUGCUUGGGCAGCUUCUUCCCCUCGAGAUUUUCCCUGAGGAGUCUGUUGUGGUUUCGUCGAAAGACAUCAAAGCGAUGUUCUACAUUGUAGGCAUUAGCCGUGAGGCAGAGGUUAGACGCGAUCAAGUGCUCCCACAUUCGGCGAUGCUUUACAGAGUCUACCUUGAUAAUUUUGACCUUUUGGAAAGGCUCAGGUGUCAGUAUCAAUCGUUGAACAUCCCAGUGAAUGAGAAAAAAUCGGUGAAAUCUUCUUUGGUGGCGGAGAUGCAGGGAGGUUUCGAGGGCAACAUGUGCAUUUGGAAGCCAAUACCGGACAGGGUUGCAGGAUACGUGGCGGUGGAGCCUGAUCCAGCAUCGAGGAUUCGAGCUUUGGUGCAGGCCAACUUUCCGUGGUCUGAGAUCUUUAUGUUGAUAGAAAGUGUCCUUCCUUACGAGCUUGACUCAGUAGGCAUCACCCCUUGCCGAAAGUACGCAGACAACAGCUUGGCAAGCUUCAACAUUUGGUUGUCCAGCCUAGAACUAAACAGCGCUAUGAAAAGGAGCUAUGGGAAGGAGGAGAGUCCCGUUACCAAGCCCAAGACACCCUCUCGGCUUUGCAACAUUUUGAGCCUCAGCUUAAAAGACGUCUUUUGCAAGGUUGGCUUCAGCAGCAUCUGCCUGAGCUGGCGUUGGCAGUCGCUGUAG